GGUUUGUGUUUCUUUUGUACUCGAGUUUGUUGUAAAUGGCCGUACGUUACGGAGAAGCAACUUGAACGCCCGGAAUAUGGAAUCACAAUAAUCUGAAAUCUUCAAGGAAUGGGUCAAAAGGGCUGUAAACUAACCCCCGAGGAAACUCGGGAGCUCCAGAAGUGCACUUAUUUUGAUAAAAAAGAAUUGCAGAAAUGGUACAAAGAUUUCAUGAAAGACUGUCCUUCAGGGGAAUUAAGACAAGAGGAAUUCCAGAAGAUAUACCAACAGUUUUUCCCAUUUGGUGAUCCAACCAAGUUUGCUGCUUUUGUCUUCAAAGUUUUUGAUAGAAAUGAAGAUGGCUGUAUCAGUUUCAAGGAAUUUAUCACAGCUCUUUCAAUAACGUCCAGGGGAAGCUUAGAUGAAAAGUUAGAAUGGGCUUUCUCAUUAUAUGACCUUGAUAAGAAUGGUUAUAUCACACGAGACGAGAUGCUAAGCAUUGUACAGGCUAUCUACUGCAUGGUGGGUAACAUUAUUGAUCUCCCACGGGACGAGGACACUCCUGAGAAAAGAGUGGAUAAAAUUUUCAAACAAAUGGACAAGAAUGAAGACGGCCGUUUAACAAUGGAAGAAUUUCGCGAAGGCUCAAAAUGCGACCCUUGGAUCGUUCAAGCGCUUGCUAUAGAUCUCCCACAAGAGCAAGACCAAGCACUGGAAUAGCACAGAUUGUGCCGAACGCCACCGCCAUGCUCUAGUAACCCUUCUGGCACCGUGUCACCGCACCAGGACGACUUUUAUUUGGGGUCUUAGGGUUGCAUGCCGUCCUAAGAAUAAUUAUCAAGAAGAUAACUCCUAUACUUUAAAGGACUCCUUCUAGUUCAUUUGUGAAUGAUCGAAUAUGCAUCAUGCGAAAGGGUUUAUGGCGGGUACGUACCUACAAGAGUAACCUCGCUUGAACUCAAAACCCUACUUGAAAGAAAAGACACUAGGAACGCAUGUAUAUAUGGUUUAUCGCGCCAGCUGAAAGUUCUUGUGGCGGCGCAUGUUGAAAAGAAAUUUAGUUCCAAUAAAUUAGAGAGUCAGUGUAGAUGGGUAGAUUUUUUUUUAUUGAAAGACAUCUUAUUAUAUACUUUAGGUUUAUAUAUGCCGUGUGGCAAUUGGGUUACGUUAGUAAACAGGGAAAAUAUACUUUCAGCUAGAAGCGGGAAAUCUGUGCGAGGAUCCUGGACUAAAUAUUUAUGUUACGUAACUUAUUCCAUUAUUUAUUCGUAGGCAAGCAUUUUAGCUCACAAAUAUUACAGACUUUUCUCUUA